CGCAGCUCGUUUCUUGGUGUGGAUGUUGCUCGCGAGCUGCUUUGCACUGGUGGAUGGCGGUACACACAUGGAAGCAAGAGCAUUCUGUCCGCACAAACACACAAGCAGCAGCAGCAGCAGCAGACAUGAUGCACACGCAAAGUCGAUAAAACACACCUGCUGGAGCUGGAAUCUCUGUUCGGGCAGGCGCUACUGUCUCGCGCAAUCGGCAUCGUGUACGGCAAGCAACCCAUCACCGCCUACUGCACAACGGACGACAGUCAGUGUGGUUUGCUCGAGGUGCCAGGAUCAAAGUACGGAACAGUGUACAAAGUGUUCCCGGGCAUCAAUUUCUGUGCCUGCGAAUCGUUUCGCGACUGGCUGUUGAAGCAACGACGCCAACCCACGUGCAAGCACGUACUAGCUGCCCGGCUGGCACUAAUAUUGAAUAGGAAAAAGGACGUUCCACUUGCCUGUGACAGUUUGCACCAGCUAAAACAACAAUUUGUGGAAGACUGCUUGAGUUUGGGUGGUGCAGGUGGAAGCGCCGUAGCGCAUCAGCAACCAGCAUCAAUCUCCUGCAACAACAACGCCGUAUAGUAACUGAUUUUAAACAGGCUUUCCCCCUCCAUCCCCUCUGCCUGGCUGUACAGUUUGAUGCAAAGGACGAAGCGUCUAUUUGGCAAAGGGAUUAUUUCAAACCCCAAAAUGGUGACGCAGUCCCAGUUUAGCCAGAUACAGUUUCAGGCCGUGCUGAACAAAUUUUCCAUGCUGUACAACGUAAUGAAGGCUGCGAAUUUCGUCGAUAACGCCAUUGUGCAGCUGAGCAACGACGGCAUGAAGGUUAUCGUUGAGGAUGCGAAAAGCAUCCAAGCAUCGGCCUACAUUACGCGAGCUUGCUUUUCCGAGUUUAAACUGGCCAUUGCGCGACCCUCUUCCGUGGCGGACGCUCCCAACAAUCCUGACGCCACGCUGCCCUUCAUUUCGUUCGGGCUCAACCUGAAGGUGUUUACGGAUUGUUUGAGCAUGUUCACUAGCGGUGAUUACGAUUCGAGCCUGAAGCUUAUCCAAAAGGGUACCGGUGCCCCGCUGAUCGUGAUCCUGGAGCAGCACGGCGAGGACGAGCUCAUUACGGAGUGUUCGGUGCGCACGAUGGACCCGUUCGACUGUAUGGAGCUGGACUUUGAGGACGAGCAGCAGAUAGUGAGCAAGCUCAACGUGAAGGGCAUGGAGUUUUUCCAGCUGCUGAGCGAGAUGGAUCGCAACUGUGACGAAAUUGAAGUGAUUAUUUCACCCGACGCACCGCACCUGAUUUUACACUCGUUCGGCGAGCUGCAUUCGGAAACGAGCGUUGAAAUAACCAACACGAGCGACAUGCUGAUUACGUUCAACUGUACCGAUGCGAGUCGCAAUCGGUACAAGUUCCAUCAUUUCCGGCUUGCCAUGCGUACGCUCGCAUUGGCUUCCAAGGUGGCACUGCGCACCAACAGCGAGGGCUUGCUAGGGCUGCAAGUGAUGAUCGAGAAUAGUGAUAGUUCGCACAUUUUUGUGGAAUACUUUAUCUUGCCACUGAUGUCGGACGGUGAUCAAACCGCUCUGUAGUGGAUCGUUUGUUUCACUAGCGUCUCUUGAAAGAUAAAGAAUUAAAGCACACGCAA